GCCAGCUCUGCCUCCGCCCUCGGUUCCGCCCUCGGUUCCGCCUCGCCGUGGCGCCUAGCGGGAGGGGCGCGGCGCGGUGACGUGGCGCCAUGGCGGAGCUCUACGUGAAGCCGGGGAACGCGCAGCGCGGCUGGAACGACCCUCCGCAGUUCUCCUACGGGCUUCAGGCGCGGGCCGCGGGCCGCGGGCGGACCUCGCUCAGUCGCCGGGCGCCGAGCGCUCCGCUGGGCCCCCCUGCAGGUGCUCCUCUGGACCGCCCCCCCGCGGCGCCGGGAGCGCCGCCGUUGGCUCCUCCCGGCCCCGCCCCGAGCGCCCGCGGCGCCCCGAGCCCCGCGCCCGGCGAGGAAGGCGGUGCCGCGGACGGGGAGGUUCCCGCCGACGCCGUGCUGGUCCCGCUGCGGGAGGCGCUGUCCGCGUGCCGCCCCGCCGUGAAGAAACAAGUGUGCGAUGACAUCGGGCGGCGGCUGACGGCGCUCGGGGACGCGUGGGCCCAGGGGAAGCUGUCGGCCCCCGUGAGGAGAAGGAUGGCCCUCCUGGUGCGAGAACUGGAGCGGCGCCGCUGGGACGCGGCCGACGAGAUCCACCGCUCGCUGAUGGUGGACCACGUGAACGAGGUGAGCCUGUGGCUGGUGGGCGUCAAGCGGUUGAUCGCCGAGUGCAGGACCCUGCCCGCAGCCGAGCUGGGCGAGGACGACAACACAGUCGCACCCGGGCCGGAGAUGCCCGCACCACCCGGAGCUGCGGACUAAGUGGGGCGGCUGGAGGAGGAAAGCUCGGGACCCGGGCGAUGCUUUUGCCUCUCACUUUUCUCUCAGAAAAGGGGAAUUUUAAUCACUGCGACAUAUCGGUGGUGAUUCACUACAUGAUGCUCAAUAAACAGCGCUAAUCUGUCCCCAACCCCAUUCUCUGGGUACAGAGCUGCUGCUUGGGGGCUGCAGCAGCCUCAGCUGUUGGUUGCAGGCUGUGCAAGCGCAGUGUGGGAAGCAGUUCCACCCUGUAGCACGGAGGCUGCACUGCAGCUGGCUGUGACAGCAGCGGUGCUCGUCCCUGCCCCACUGGCCCCCUCCAGCCUCAGAUACAGCAGCACGGGGGUGAGUUGCUGCAGGAGAGCCAGAGCCCAGGUCAACUGCAGGGAGCAGCGGGAGAGGGGAAAUGGGAACCACCCCAGGCAGCCUCAGAGCUGGUGUAGAACCAUCAUGACACUCCAGGCCAAGUGCUCCACAGAUGCUGUAGAGCAAGCAGCCCCUGCCCCACCACUCCCUCACGUGCCUGCCAGCACUGCCCCAACCACAGCUGGGACAGUGAGGGACAUGAGUGGCAGCAGCAGCAAGGGUGUACAAUGGGCUGUGCCCAGAUGUUAGCUUGUACUGCUGAGGUAGUUGGAGCUGUUGCUGACAUAAACUUGAAUUCCUACAUUCACG